AUGACUAGUGUUUAUAAUUCUGAUUUAAAGAAUCAUAGACGGGCUCCCCCACCACCACGUCCUCCAGUAGCGGCUCAGCUAUCAUCAUCCUCAUUAUCUUCUUCUUCUGCAACACUGGGGGGAAUUGGACUAGGGCUGGGCUCAAAGGGUACCAACUAUAUAAACUCCUCCUCAUCGUCUAGCCAGAUCCCCAUUAGUCUUGGCUCAAACAAACGUCAAUCAGGUUGGGUCCAUGUUAAAGAUGAUGGUAUUUUUACUUCUUUCAGAUGGAAUAAGAGGUUUAUGAAUAUGAAUGAUCGAUCAUUAAAUAUUUACAAGAACGAACCCAGCAUAAAUGAUCCAAACAGUCCUGAGUUACUAUUGCCCUUGAAUUUAAUUAGUAACAUAACCUUGAAACCACAAUCAGGACACUCUAAAAGCAGCCAAUCGUUUGAAAUUGUUCCGAAGAACUAUGGCAAAUCCAUACUAAUCUCAGUUAAAUCAAGUAACGAAUAUUUGGAUUGGCUAAAUGCAUUUUCAAGUAAAUGUCCCUCUGCUCAAAUUGGACAAUCGCUGAACUCAGGUGGUAAUUCAUUCACUGGAUUGUCGACAUCAAUAGGGGCUGGUUCAUCAUCACAAUCGAGUCAUAACUUGGCAGCACUCAAUGGCAGCGGUGGUGGCGGUGGAUUAUUAAAUGGUGGUAAUUCUGGUGUUUCGAGUCCUAUUAACUUCACUCAUAAAGUGCAUGUUGGCUUUGAUCCCGCUAGUGGCAAUUUCACUGGAUUACCCGAAACUUGGAAAAGUUUAUUACAACAUUCUAAAAUUACCAAUGAAGAUUGGAAGAAGGACCCUGCUGCCGUUAUUGAAGUGUUGGAAUUCUACUCUGAUAUUAAUGGAUCAAAUCCCCCAACCCCAAUGGCAUCUCCCCAAGUUAACAUGAAUAAGAAUAUAAACAAUACUAUUGACCACACUAACAACACCAAUUUACAAGAAUGGACUAAGCCACCUCCAAAGAGUAGCACUACUCAGUUUAAGCCAACCCGUUCUGCACCUAAACCUCCAGUGCCUUAUCAUUUGACUACCCAACAGAAUAGUGCUGGUGGCAGUAGCCAACCAACCACAAUAUCUCCAUUGAGUAAUUUGCUUAGCAAAAGUGCAGGAACAAGCUCUACAAAUACAUCUUCACCAUUGGGUGGCAAUAAAGAUGAUCUUGUUCCGGUUAGAAGAGCUCCUCCUCCACCACUGACAGGUUCUAGUGCAGGAGCAGCUGGAGCAACACCAGCAAAGUCUCAACAACCACAGCAUAGUCACCAACGACAACAAUCUACAUCUAAACCACAACAGAUCCCCCCUUCAUUACCAAGUGGUUCCAGUUUUAACAGAACACCUACAUACAAGACUCAUCCCGAUUUGAAGAUCCAAAACAGUAGUACUAGUAUUUCGCUGGAUAAGGAAAACAUUGGUGAUGAACAUGUCAAACCUUAUUCCCCAGCAUCUUCUUCAUCAUCAUUAUCAUCAUCGCAAAAGGGUACCACAGCAGAAUCGAAUUAUCCAAAUGUGUCUGUCGUGCAAUCUACUCAAUCACAACCACAACCACAUCAUAAGCAACAACAACAACCACUCACUGGUCCUACUGGUGCGGCACAUUCUGUUACCAAACCAUUAAACCCAAUAAACGAACCAGUGAAGCCAUUACAAUUAAAGAGCAGAACCGAACAAGGAGACCAGCCACCUGCUGCCGAACAACUGAUACAACAAAACAAAACAAAACCUAAACCAAAGCUCCAAUCACCACCCCAGGGCCCCGCAGCACCCAAAACAGCCAAACAGUUGAAAAAGGAACGAGAAAGAUUAAAUGAUUUACAAAUUAUUGCCAAGUUGAAGACGGUGGUUAAUAGUAACAAUCCUAAACCGUUGUUUAGAAUCAUUGAGAAAGCCGGUCAAGGAGCUUCAGGAAACGUGUAUUUGGCUGAGAUGAUCUCACAACGCAAAAAGAUUGCCAUUAAGCAAAUGGAUUUGAAUAUCCAACCUCGUAAAGAAUUGAUAAUAAAUGAGAUAUUGGUGAUGAAAGAUAGCCAGCACAAAAACAUUGUCAAUUUCUUGGAUUCUUAUCUUAUUGGUGAUUCUGAAUUAUGGGUUAUAAUGGAAUAUAUGGAAGGUGGGUCCUUGACGGAGAUUAUUGAAAACAAUGAAUUCAAAUUGAGUGAACGACAAAUUGCCACCAUUUGCUUUGAAACAUUGAAAGGAUUACAACAUUUGCACAAAAAGCAUAUAAUUCAUCGUGAUAUUAAAUCGGAUAACGUCUUGUUGGAUGCAUUUGGUAAUGUCAAGAUUACCGAUUUUGGAUUUUGUGCUAAAUUAACCGACCAAAGAACCAAACGAGCAACCAUGGUGGGUACACCAUACUGGAUGGCUCCUGAGGUGGUGAAGCAAAAGGAAUACGAUGAAAAAGUCGAUGUUUGGUCAUUGGGCAUAAUGACUAUUGAAAUGAUUGAAGGAGAACCACCAUAUUUGAAUGAAGAACCGUUGAAGGCAUUGUAUUUGAUUGCUACGAAUGGUACUCCUAAAUUGAAGAAACCGGAAUUAUUGAGUAAUUCAAUCAAGAAGUUUUUGUCGAUUUGUUUAUGUGUUGAUGUGAGGUAUAGAGCUACUACGGAUGAGUUGUUGGAACAUUCAUUUAUCCAACAUAAAUCGGGUAAAAUUGAGGAAUUGGCACCGUUAUUGGAAUGGAAAAAGCAUCAGAAUCAGAGCCAGGAGGAAGAGUAG